ACGCAUGGACUAUAAUAGGAUGAACUCCUUCCUAGAGUACCCACUCUGUAACCGGGGACCCAACGCCUACAGCGCCCACAACGCCCUAACCUCCUUUCCCCACAGUUCGGCUCCUGCCAUUGACAGCUACGCAGGCGAGGGCCGCUAUGGUGGGGGGCUGCCCAGCCCUGUGCUGCAGCAGAACUCGGGCUAUCCCGCCCAGCAACCGCAUUCAGCGCUGGGGGUGCCCUUUCCCAGCUCUGCGCCCUCAGGGUAUGCCCCGGCCUCCUGCAGUCCCAGCUAUGGGCCUUCUCAAUAUUACCCUUUGGGUCAAUCGGAAGGAGAUGGAGGCUAUUUUCAUCCAUCCAACUACGCUGCCCAGCUAGGGGGCUUGCCCGACGGCUACGGAGCGGGUGGAUCCGGCACUGGGCCAUACCCUCCACCACAGCCCCCUUAUGGGAACGAGCAGACCUCGAGCUUUGCACCGGCCUACGCUGAUCUCCUCUCCGAGGACAAGGAAUCAUCAUCUUGCGCAUCAGAACCCAGUACCCCCACGGCCCGGACCUUCGACUGGAUGAAGGUUAAGAGGAACCCACCCAAGACAGCGAAGGUGUCGGAGCUGGGACUGGGCGCGACCGGUGGCCUCCGCACCAACUUCACCACGCGGCAGCUGACUGAGCUGGAGAAGGAGUUCCAUUUCAACAAGUACCUGAGCCGGGCCCGGAGGGUGGAAAUCGCUGCCACCCUGGAGCUCAAUGAAACGCAAGUCAAGAUUUGGUUCCAGAACCGGCGCAUGAAGCAGAAGAAGCGCGAACGAGAGGGAAGCCGAGUGCCGCCAGCUCCUCCAGGUUGCUCCAAGGAGGCAGCGGGAGAUGCCUCAGACCAGUCGACAGGCACCUCCCCGGAAGCCUCGCCCAGCUCCAUCACCUCCUGAACUGAACUUUUCAACCAGAGCGGCUUCCAGCACUGUAGAGCCCUAGUCCAGUCCUCCUCUGUCCUUCCCCAAC